UCACACACCAAACCCUUCAAACGCGCUGCGCGUGCAUCGAACUUCCCACCCCGCCAUCUCCGUUGGACCUAACCCGCGACUGCGACAGCGCCAAUAACGUGCAAACCGAGUCGCGUUCACACCCGGCAACACCUGAACCAUCGAAAGAAGACGACGACAUGGCAAUCUACGACUCCCGCACCUCAGUCCUCAUCCUGCGCAUCCUCCAAAUCAUCCUAGCCCUCAUCGUGCUAGGUCUGAUCGGCUAUGCCUCCAACUGGUGGACCGGCCACUGGCACGCCACCUCCCCCUCCCAAUUCAACUUCCUCAUCUUCACCUCCGCCUGGACCCUGCUCGCCCUCGUCUACUUGAUCGUCGUCCCCUGGCGCUUCUCCGACACCCCCGCCCACCACAAAUUCGCCAUCCUCGGCAUGGAGACGCUGACGAUGCUGUUCUGGUUCGCCGGCUUCAUCGCCACGGCCGUGUUCCUGAGCGAUCGCCCGUGUUGGGGCAGCGUGUGUGAGGCGGCGCGGGCGGGGACGGUGUUUGCCGCUUUUGAGUGGGUUGUCUUCGCCUGCUCCUUCGCGCUCUCGGUUAUGCAUGUCGUGCGUACGAGUGGGAGGACGAGUGAUCGAGGCAAGGCCGAUCCGAAUCUGAAUGUUGCCGAAGGGGUUUAAAGAUGAUGACUGACAGCCGCUGGGCCCGGGUGUGCAGGUCGUUUAUGAAGGCCGAACGAAGAGUGGAGGAGGGGCUUGUAAUGAAUGAUGACUGCACGUCAACCAA